CCACUUUUCGUAAAUGGCUGCGUUAUCUGACAUUCCACAGUCUAUUUUUCUUGUAUUGUUAAAGAUAGUUGCGGUUUAGAUAAUCAAGAUAAGUUUUUUGUUAGUUGUUACUGGCCAUAUAAUUUUUUCAGGGUUUAUUUUGUGUAUGUCGAAUAUAAUAUAACCACAAGUUGUAAAGUAAAUUCAUGAGUCAUGCAGGAUAAACAAUUGGUUUAGUUUUGAAAGUGUAAGGCAAGCAAACUACGGAUUGAAUAUAAACAUUUAAAAAAUUUAUGUUUAUAUAUAUCACUCGUGUGGAAAUUUUAAACGGAAUGUUUAGUAUAAGUGAACUGUGCUGUAUGUUUUGCUGUCCACCUUGUCCUGGACCAAUUGCAGCUAAAUUGGCAUUCCAACCACCGGAACCCACAUAUAAGUUGACACCUGCUGACGAUUCAAAUGUGAAGUACAACUUGCAUUUAUUUGAUCGCGCAGAAUGGCAAUAUUCAGAACGUGAUAAAUCCAAAGUUGAAUCUUUCUUCACAAGGACAUCACGCGGAAAUCUUAUUACAUGCAUAUAUGUGCGAUGUAGUAGAAACGCAAAGUACACCUUGCUUUUUUCACAUGGGAAUGCAGUUGACUUGGGACAAAUGAGUAGCUUCUAUAUAUCUCUUGGGUCACAACUAAAUUGUAACAUAUUUGGCUAUGAUUAUUCUGGAUAUGGAAUGAGUGGCGGGAAACCUUCUGAAAAAAAUCUUUAUGCUGACAUCGAAGCGGCAUGGCAAGCUCUAAGGAACAGAUUUAAUAUCAGCCCUGAAACUAUUAUUUUAUAUGGACAAAGUAUUGGAACAGUCCCGACAGUUGAUUUGGCUACGAAGCAUGAAGUUGGUGCAGUUAUUCUUCAUUCUCCAUUAAUGUCUGGGCUAAGAGUCGUUUUUCGCAACACAAAGAGAACAUGGUUUUUUGAUGCAUUCCCAAGUAUUGACAAGGUUUCCAAAGUAAAAUCUCCGGUUCUGGUUAUACAUGGAACUGAUGAUGAAGUCAUAGAUUUUUCUCAUGGGAUCGGUAUAUAUGAGCGCUGUCCAAAAGCUGUGGAACCUCUAUGGGUCGAGGGGGCUGGCCAUAACGACGUGGAAUUGCAUUCACAAUACUUCGAGCGGUUAAAAAAAUUUUUAACAGUGGAGUUGGUUAAAUGACAAUUAAAGAAUCAUGAGGUUGAUCCUAACAAUUCCGGGGCAGUAGGAUCUUCUGCCGAAGCACCGCCGACAUCAUCUUUGGCGAUUAAAAGGAACUUAGAAGAAACCAGUAACUCAAGUCCAUUGGUUUUAAGCGGCCCAAUAAACAAUUUAAAAGACGAUAUUGAAGCUUCCACCUCAAGUUCAGUAUCAACUAAACCAUCGGUUGAAAAAUUUCUCUAGCAAGAAACAAACGGUUCUCACACAUUUCUCAAAAUUAAAGACAAAUCUCAACGAAAACUAAACGUUUUUAAGUCAUGUAAUAAAAUUCGACUGUCAGAGAAAGGCGAGAACCUACAUAAAAAAAUAUCGUCUUCCCAAUCAAAAGAAAUACUACUUAAAGAGAAUGAAAUGAGUGUGUGUGUAGUUGACAAGGCAUAUAAAAAAGUUUCAUGCGAAGCGUUUAUAAUAUUUCUUCCUUUUUCCAAACAACUUUAUUCACACUUGCAAUAUGACAGAAAACAGUCUCAUGGUUACUUAUACAAUACAAUUAUAACUAAGUAUGAAAAUCCAAAACAUUUAAGCAACCAUUCUUAUACAAAGAAUUUAAAAUAUAACCGCCUGAUUUUCUUUCAUCCCAACAAGUGUAAAUCAUUCAAAUCAAGACCUAAAACAUCAUCACUGCCUCGUUAAAUUGUAUGCAGUUUGUAUUAAAUAGUAGAAAGAUAGACCAUUGUAGAAACGUGAGUUUGUUUUCAUCAAAUUAAAAACAGUGUCAAAUAAUUUCGCAUUUUAAAAAACUCACAAGGCCGAUAGCAAACAUCCUAUUUACUUGCCUAAUUAUCGGAGGGCAUAGUAUUUUCGACAAUUUGAGGUUCAAAAACGCUUUCAAAAUGAGAGAAAAUGAAAUGUUGCACGGUAUCCAAGAUCGAAUCGGAAACAUCAGAAAGUAAUACAAGACAAGGAAAUAGGAUAUAUCUUCACUUAUAAGUGAGCUAUUGAUGCUAGUAAUAGAGUUAAAUUAAUAUAAAAAAUGAAAUAGUUAUAUGUUAUUACGAUAUAUACGCUAUAUAAGUUAUACAAAUAGUUAGUUUUAACACUUAAUGGGUAAGAGAGAAUAGUAAUUUAGUAAAUACGCAUUUAUAAACACAUGCAAUAUACAUGUUGUUUUUGAAAUAAACCAUAUUGAUAAUUAAAGUUUAAGUGAUACAUUUUCAUUGCAAUAUCAAUAAAUUUCAUUAAAUUUUUCAGGUUUAAUUUAAUUCGGGAUUAAGUUGAAAACUGAAACUCAGCUAAAGCUCAGAACUUCAGCAAUUAUUCUCAAAUGUACCUUCAUUCGAAAAUCGAGCAUAAUUAGUGUAUUUCCAAUUCAGAGAAUACUGAAAAUGUUUAAUCACUGUAUAAUUCUGGAACGUUUUUGAUGAAUUGGAAAAUGUUUUUCGAUGCCAAGAAUAUUGGAUGAAUUGCGUGGUGUUUAUUAAGAGACAGCUAAAUAUAUACAGGAUGCGCCAUCUUUUAUGUCGGUAUGAAAACAUUGAAUAACUUUGAAAAAAAAAACUGAUUUGUAUAAGAGAGGUAUUUUUAUUUGGUUUGGUUAUUUACAAUUUAUUAAAACUAUUUUUUGAAUGCAAUAUCAAUCAAGUGGCCACUUUAAUUAGCAGUCACAAACUGCGAUCUUUUUUUGUCUUUGCCAUCACCUUGUCAAGCAUUUCGGUUUUUUUAGCGUCAAUUUCGGUUGUUUCGGUGUAAAGUUAUUCAUGGUUAAAAUUGUACUGAAUUUAAAUAUCGAAAACAUGUAUGUUGAAGUCGAUCGGUUGGUAAAUGACAAAGUUAUUCACCGUUUACAUACCGACAUAAAAGAUGGCAGUGUACAUAUGCGUUCGUGAGUAAAUAUUAUAUCCAUUCUAAACUCUUUCGCCAAUCGGGGUAUCCAUUCGUUGAUAU